CCGCCGGCGGGCUUCUCGCGCUGCGCCGCGGGCCAGUUCCAGUGCGCCAACGGCACGUCGCGCGAGGGCCUGUACUGCGUGGCGGCGGCGGCCGCCUGCGACUCGGUGGCCGACUGCUCGGACGGGUCGGACGAGGCCGGGUGCGAGGAGCGCGGCUGCCCCGGCGCCUUCCGCUGCCGCAGCGGCCGCUGCCUGGCGCGCGCGCUCGUCUGCAACGGCCUGCCCGACUGCAAGGACGGCUCCGACGAGGACGCCUGCGGCUCGUGCGGCAACGAGGAGUUCCUGUGCCCCGAGGGCUGGUGCGCGCCGCUCACGCUGCGCUGCGACGGCGUGCGCGACUGCGCGGGCGGCGAGGACGAGAAGCUGUGCGAGUGCCCCGUGGAGCAGCGCGCGUGUCACGCGGGCGGGUGCGUGGCGCGGGAGCGCGUGUGUGACGGCGCGCGCGACUGCCCCGACGGCAGCGACGAGUGGGACUGCGUGCGCCUGCACAACUCCACGCGCCUGCUGCAAGUGCGGCGCGAGUCGGGCUGGGCGGCGGUGUGCUCGGACGGGUGGGACAGCACGUGGAGCGACGCCGUGUGCCGCGGCAUGGGGCUGGCGGCCGGCGCCGUGAACGAGCGCCGUGCAGCUGCCGUCGGCGGCGGUGGCGCGGCGGGCGGCGCUGGAGGCGGGCGCCAACGCGUCGGCGGCCGCGCCCCUAACGCUGCUGCGCCUGCCGAGGGCGCGCGCGCCGACGCCGGCGCCGGCGCGCCAACCUGCCGCGCUGACUCGCGCCCGCGACUCCUGCGCCGCCAACAGCGUCCGUGCGGCAGCCACGGCGUGGCGUACUCGGCGCGGCUGGUGGGCGGCGACGGCGCCACCAGCGGCCAGUGGCCCAGCGUGGCGCAGCUGGUGCACGCGCGCUCGCGCGCCUCCUGCACGGCCACCGUCGUCAGCCCCCUGUGGCUGCUGGCGUCGCUCUCGUGCCUGCGACAGCGGGAGCGGCAGCUGUCCGCCAGCGAGUGGGCGGCGAUGGCGGGCGACGCGGGCGGCGCGGGCGCGCCGGGCGGGGCGGCCGGGGCGAGCGGCGAGGCGGGCGUGGCGCGCGGCGUGGCGCAGGUGCGAGAGGGUGGCGGCCCUGGUGCGCACCCAGUGCGCGCGGCGCGGCCCGCUGCCUCGUGA